AGCUGUCUAUACAGUCACCAAGCUCCUUGUUAAAGCCCAGCAUUGGGCUCAGUGGGAUAAUCAAACAUCUGUGGAUUGAAUCAUCAUGAAGUACCUUUUGACCCCCCUCAUCAUGCUAAUCCGUUAGUGAUAUGUGAAAGGGGGCUGGACUUAUGACCUUACCUUUUAAAUCUCUGUGUAUCUCAGCAUAGAGGCUUCUCUCGUUCCAUCCCACACUAGAUUCAGGACUGUUUUUGUUCCCCACCACCACCAGUGACAACAUGGCAAAGACAAUGGUACUUGAGCUGAAGAAUGUGAAGCUGAGAGCUGGAGACCAGUUGAAAGUGGAGGGGAGGAUUCUGCCUGAGGCGAAGGGGUUUCAGAUAGAACUGGGCUGUGACGAAGAUCACCUGGCACUGCACUUCAACCCACGUUUUGAGGAUGACACGGACGGUGCUGUGCUUGUGUGCAACUCCAAGAUUGACGGCUGCUGGGGUCACGAGGAGAGAGAGAAACACAGUGACCUCCAAAGGGGUUCUACUGUCAAGAUUGUCCUGAAGCUGACCGGAGACGUGUUUGAAGUGGAGAUGCCUAAUGGACAUGAGAUCAAAUUCCUCAACCGUACCGUCCUGGACGUCAUUACCUACGUCCGUGUCAGAGGGGACUUAAAGCUCACCGCCUUUAAGAUCUACUAAAGAGACCCAUAAUAACCACCUUGUGUAGCCUGGCAACAACGGCACGGCCAGUUUGUCUUCCAAUUUCCGGUGCGUUCCGGCCCAAUGACACACAAGCAAGUGGGCGGGGCUACAUGUAGAGUUAGACCAAUGGGCAGUAAGACAGGAUCAAUGGCCUGCAUCAAAUAGUACAUGGAAAUAUGGGGUGACCAUGGUAUGUUUUGUUGUCACAAUAUUCUGACAAACAGUAAACACAAGGGACAACUGGGGACGAGGUUAGGAUACUGGGUUAGGAUACUGGGUUAGGAUACUGGGUUAGGAUACUGGGUUAGGAUACUGGGUUAGGAUACUGGGUUAGGAUACUGGUUAGGAUACUGUCAACUAAUUACAUUCCUUUACAAAUACAGACGUAUUACACACACACACAUCUUGGCCGGAUGAAAUAUCAGUCAAUGUUUUACUUGUUUUGGUGAGAAAGAAUUUAUUCUUAUACCGUAGUAGCCCAAAUGAUUACAUUAUUACUGACCUAAUCUCUCAUGUUCUGAUACUGUAGUAACCCAAAUGAUUACAUUAUUACUGACCUAAUCUCUCAUGUUCUGAUACUGUAGUAGCCCAAAUGAUUACAUUAUGACUGACCUAAUCUCUCAUGUUCUGAUACUGUAGUAACCCAAAUGAUUACAUUAUUACUGACCUAAUCUCUCAUGUUCUGAUACUGUAGUAACCCAAAUGAUUACAUUAUUACUGACCUAAUCUCUCAUGUUCUGAUACUGUAGUAGCCCAAAUGAUUACAUUAUGACUGACCUAAUCUCUCAUGUUCUGAUACUGUAGUAACCCAAAUGAUUACAUUAUUACUGACCUAAUCUCUCAUGUUCUGAUACUGUAGUAGCCCAAAUUAUUACAUUAUUACUGACCUAAUCGCUCAUGUUCUGAUACUGUAGUAGCCCAAAUGAUUACAUUAUGACUGACCUAAUCUCUCAUGUUCUGAUACUGUAGUAGCCCAAAUGAUUACAUUAUGACUGAUCUAAUCUCUGAUGUUCUGAUACUGUAGUAACCCAAAUGAUUACAUUAUGACUGAUCUAAUCUCUCAUGUUCUGAUACUGUAGUAGCCCAAAUGAUUACAUUAUGACUGAUCUAAUCUCUGAUGUUCUGAUACUGUAGUAGCCCAAAUGAUUACAUUAUGACUGAUCUAAUCUCUCAUGUUCUGAUACUGUAGUAGCCCAAAUGAUUACAUUAUUACUGACCAUGUCGACAGAUUGGGUCAACAACAGAAUAGCCGUUGACUCCAGAAGCAUGGCGUAAUUUUUACGAUGAUUUCCAAAUGUUAUUUUCUGUAUACAUUGAAUGAAGUAAAACAUCAUGGACGCAUGUCAUGUCAUCAAUAAAGUUCAGCAUCCUCAAGUAGA